GAAGACAGCGAAUAGCCACCUCCCCGCUUCUUCCUCCCAAUCCUGCCUUAUUAAUCUCCCUCCUUAAGCAGAACGCUCGAGAAAACCCUAGCAGAAACCUCCGCUCAAGGCUCUUCUCUGUCUUUGCGGCUGAGAGAUCAGAAACCUCCGCCCAUCCUCUGUCUUUGACGCCAGAUUGGAUACAUCUGCUUUGUAAUGGCUCAUUCUAAAGCCUCUUUUCAACCCACUUGUCCAUCAAUUCAGCACUGCUCAGAUUGGGCUAGAAUUUAUUUGAAGUAUUGCCUUUGUAGUGCAAAGGAUGGUGUAUCUAUAUUUCUUGGAAUUGUAAGUAUUAUCAGUUGGGGAGUUGCUGAGGUUCCUCAAAUCCUCACAAAUUUCCGUGAAAAAUCUAUUGAAGGCCUUUCAGCUGCUUUUCUGAUGACAUGGGUUGUUGGGGAUUUGUUUAACCUCAUUGGCUGCAUUCUGGAGCCUGCUACUUUGCCAACGCAAUACUACACGGCACUGUUGUACACAGCUACUACACUGAUUCUGACGGGACAGACUAUUUAUUAUGGUCACAUUUAUCACAGACAUAGAGUAAACAAAAAUAUGAUACCUAGUAAGAAUCAAAAUCUUGUUCAGGAUAGUGAAAGUCUUUUAAGCGAUGCAGAGAAAACAAAUGUUGGUGGCCACAAAGCAAAUGUUACAAGUCUCUCUGAGGAUAAUAACUUAAAAAGUUCACCAAUUCCUGUUACUAGACAAUUACAUCCUGGUGAUUCCAAUGGAAGAGACUUCUACUUCGUGUCAGCUCGAUCUUUAUCGAAGAGCCCCAUGCCUACUUUUGGCACUUGGUUAGCAUAUUCACAUGAGAAUGGAAUACCAUAUCACUUCAAUGAUGGCCAGCAUGAUGAGCAAUUUGCAGCAAGAGAGCCUUUGCUUUCAUCUCAGUCUGCUCCUACCAAAUUGAGUACUAAAAAUAUACUUUCUGUGGUUCCUUCAGCUAGUCUUUCUAUUUGUAUUUGUGUUUACCAUCUUUGUUUCCAUGAUAGUACUGAAUCCCAUGGGAUGGUUCUACAAGUUGGCCGCAAGUUGUUACAGGAUGAGCUUCGAGGUGAUGAAAGUAGUGGAGCAGGCACCUUGUUUGGUUGGAUGAUGGCAGCUAUUUAUGUGGGAGGAAGACUACCUCAGAUUUGCUUAAAUAUUAAAAGGGGCAAUGCUCAGGGUCUCAACCCACUGAUGUUUAUUUUUGCAUUGGUUGGAAAUAUAACCUAUGUGGGAAGUAUACUUGUGAAAAGUUUGGCUUGGUCUGCAAUCAAACCUAAUCUUCCAUGGUUAGUUGAUGCUGGAGGAUGUGCUAUACUGGAUGCUUUUAUUAUCAUCCAAUUUGUCUACUUUAGACUUCGACAAUCCAAGAAGUCUGCAUCAAACAAUAAUCAAGUCUAGUGGAGAAAGAGUACACGCAUAAAUAUCAGCAGCAAAAUUCAUUGCAGAUGCUGCAGGAGCUAAUUUGACCGUGGGAUAGUUAUCAUCUACCUUCUACAUAUGAUCUGAGAGACGACCAACUUCUCAUGCUACAUUCUUUUUAGCUUCAAAACUUUGGUGUCCUUUUGGCUUAUAUCGCCCUCAACGGUUACUACAACGUUCUCUAAUGGCAGAUCCCUUUUUUUUUGUGCUGCAUCUUACGUUAUAUAUCUCUUUGGAAUUUUGAUAAUCGCUGUACCGAUGUUAGUAACAACGUUUGUAGAUUUAGCUGGUUAACUCAGUGGCCAAUUUUGGUCCACCCAGUUGAGACUGGAGAAAUCCUUGUCUAAUCAAAAUUUUGUUAGUUCA